AUGAAUUUCAGCAGGUCUCUCUCUUUCGCAGGCACACCGAGGAACAGCAACGCGGGCUCCAGCGACGAGCUGGUGAUCACCUCCACGUUUGGGACGCUGCUCUCGCUCGUGUACGUGGUUGGCGUCUCGGGAAACGUGUACACUCUGGUCGUGAUGUGCCACUCGAUUCGCUUCGCUACCUCCAUGUACAUCUCGAUCAUUAACUUGGCGCUGGCGGACUUGCUGUACCUCUCCACGAUCCCUUUCGUGGUGUGCACGUACUUCCUCAAAGACUGGUACUUCGGGGACGUGGGGUGUCGCAUACUGCUCAGUCUGGAUCUCCUCACCAUGCACGCGAGCAUCUUCACGCUGACAGUGAUGUGCUUGGAGCGCUACUUGGCCGUGACGAAGCCUCUGGACAACGUGAAGCGCUCCAAAAGCUAUCGGAAAGCCAUGGCGUGGGGGGUGUGGAUACUUUCUCUGCUCUUAACUCUGCCUAUGAUCAUCAUGGUGAACCAGACGAGUAAAAAGGCCGCGGACGGAGGCGUGAAACGCAUGUGCGCUCCGACUUGGGCUCCCCAAGCGUACAAGAUUUAUUUAACUGUCCUGUUUUGCACCAGUAUUAUGGCGCCUGGACUUAUCAUUGGCUACCUGUACACCAAAUUAGCCAGGACGUACCUUGAGUCACAGAGAAGCUCUGCUUUAAAUAAGGGCAAUAAGAGAUCACCUAAGCAGAAAGUGCUGAUAAUGAUAUUUACGAUCGUGCUUGUGUUCUGGGCCUGCUUCUUGCCCUUUUGGAUAUGGCAGCUUCUGCCCCUCUACCACGAACCCCUGGCCCUGGCUCCUCAUAUACGCACGUGUAUUAACUACCUGGUGGCGUGUCUGACCUACAGCAACAGCUGCAUCAACCCGUUUCUGUACACACUGCUCACCAAGAACUACCGAGAGUAUCUGAAAAACCGCCACAAGAGCUUCUACCGCUACACGUCGUCGUUUAAGAAGCGGCCGCCGAGCUUGUACUCGUGGGGAAAGUCCGCGUCGUCGAGCAAUCAGUUCGAGUUCAACUCCGAGAUGCUGGUCAUGGCACAGCUGAAGGUGCAGUGAAGGGGUGAGGAAGAGGAAGACGACCACGAGACAUGUGAGGAAAAACAUGGCCAUGACCAGGGCUCCAGACAUUAUCUCCGGAGGACCCUAUGGUAAGCUGGGAUCAGCUAUAGCAUAAUCGGGGUCACAAGUGAAGGACACAGUGAUGGCGUAACGCGUGCCCCAUGUCACCUUCUCCACACGGUGGAGGUUCUCUGAGCCUGAGGAAAAGAAAGAGACUCGCCC